GCUUUUGCAUGCUGCAUUUUGCUAUCUUGCGCUUCAAUUCUCCCUCUGUCUAUAUAUGUGUUGCUAUCUCUGAACCUCCAGGGCUGCAGCUAGCUGGGCUUUCCUUGCUGUAUUGUUUUAACUUCUUUGAAUUAAUAUUCUUCUGCCUCCAAUGGCUACCCCAAGACUACUUAAACCAGCUUCGCGCUUGGUAUCCACACGGCUCUGCUCCGCUUCCAUCCGCUCUGCUUUCAAGCCAGCUGCGUGCUCUCCUUCGGUUCUUCAACGGCGAACAUAUGCAACUCCAAGUGGAACCAAAGAGGUUACAGUCAGAGAGGCCCUCAAUGAUGCCCUUGCCGAGGAACUCACGCUCAAUGAAAAAGUGUUUAUCUUGGGAGAGGAGGUUGCGCAGUAUAACGGAGCUUACAAGGUAACAAAAGGCCUGCUGGACCGAUUCGGCCCGAAGAGGGUCAUCGAUACCCCCAUCACCGAACCUGGUUUCUGCGGAUUAGCGGUCGGAGCUGCGUUAGCGGGAUUGCACCCCGUUUGCGAAUUCAUGACCUUCAACUUCGCCAUGCAGGCAAUUGACCAAAUCGUCAACUCCGCAGCCAAAACACACUAUAUGUCCGGCGGCAUCCAACCAUGUAAUAUAACCUUCAGAGGUCCCAAUGGCUUUGCUGCUGGUGUCGCUGCUCAACACUCCCAGGAUUAUUCCGCUUGGUACGGAUCCAUCCCCGGCCUCAAGGUGCUUAGUCCAUGGAGCUCUGAGGAUGCAAAGGGACUCCUCAAGGCCGCCAUCCGCGACCCCAAUCCAGUUGUAUUCCUCGAGAACGAACUCAUGUACGGCGAAUCCUUCCCCAUGAGUGAAGCUGCGCAAAAGGACGACUUCGUCCUCCCCAUCGGAAAAGCCAAGAUCGAACGCGUCGGCAAAGACCUAACCAUGGUAUCCCUCUCCCGCUGUGUCGGCCAAGCCAUGCGCGCCGCUGCAGAGUUGAAGCAGAAAUACGGCGUCGAGACUGAAGUGAUCAACCUGCGUUCCAUCAAGCCCCUCGAUGUCGAGACCAUCAUCAAGUCCGUGAAGAAGACCGGCCAUCUGAUGGCUGUCGAGUCCGGCUUUCCCAUGUUUGGUGUUGGUUCUGAGAUUCUUGCGCUGUCCAUGGAGUAUGCUUUCGACUACCUCCAGGCGCCCGCCGUCCGGGUUACUGGUGCUGAGGUACCAACACCGUACGCCCUCAAGUUGGAACAGAUGAGUUUCCCGCAGGACGAGACGAUUGUCACGCAUGCUGCCAAGUUGCUGCGGGUAUAGAGAAGAGGGGGAAAGAAAUCUUUUGAAAUUUACUGCUAUACCCACGGCUAUUUUUCACUCGUUAUGAGCGCUUUACAGCAAGUCAAAAUCUUUUUUUUCCUUUACCCCUCCGUCUCUUUGUAAUCAUUUGAAUGAAUAUUCAUUAUUGGAAAAACAAAUAGCAUGGACUGGAAAUAUAUCAAAAGGAAUUAAAAAAGAGAGAUAUGACACCAAAAGAAGUAGGGAAAGCCUUCCUGUUUUAAUCUAUACACCAUUUGUCUCGUGGCAUUGCCCUUAUCCAGCUAUUUGUUACACAUUUACCACCUAUGGCCUCAGGGGUCGACCAGAAAACCCCUUCACUUUUAUCCUCUGACUACUGCCCGCUCUCAUAUUUCCGAUAUUUAUCCUCUUACUUCUGUUCCCGCUGUCCGUUUGUACCCAUGACUUAAGUCUCCCUCCCAUCUUCGUUUGCUUUUUUGAAAGACCGCUUCGUUCUGUUGUACGAUUAGAUAUAUUAACCACCCAUUCAAUUGUAUGUAUGCAUCUACAGACAAAUGAACAUUUCCUCACAUCUUACCG